AUGUCAUAUCUGAAAAGAUUUUAUCUCAAGAAUACCGUGAUGGAUUGGCACCCCAAAAAUGUCAUGCUGACCGCACUCUUUCUUGCCACGAAAACCACCAACAAUCCAAUAUCUCUCGAAGCCUAUACUUCACACAUACCGAAGACGGCACCAUCCGACGUUUUAGAUCUCGAGUUUCUCGUUGCACAAAGCUUAAGCUUUGACUUUGCGAUAUGGCAUGCACACCGGGCAUUGUGGGGCAUAUGGCUUGAUGUUCAGUCAUUACCAGAUGCGCCCAUGGACGAAUUGAGGGCCGCUUAUGACAUCGCGCUGAAGCAUGUGCGUGCAGCCCGAUUGACUGAUGCUGAGCUCGUAUAUACACCCUCCCAAAUCGCAUUGGCUUGUCUUUCUCUAGCUGCUCCGACCCUAGCAUCAUCUUGGGCACGAUGGAAAUUUCCAAAUCAGCCGGAACCCCCUGUGCUUGCUGUGCUGGAAUCAAUCAAGACCAUGAUAGCGACGCAUGGUGUCCCGCCAGACGUGGAGGCUGUGCGCGAGGUGGAUCGACGGCUGAAGCUCUGCAAAAACCCGGAGAAAGUGGUGGGGAGUAGCGCGUAUCAGAAGAAGCAGGAAGAGGCGGAGCGGAAGGCAGAUGAGAAGCGGCGGCGCAAGGCAGCAGAGGUCAGAAAGGCGAUGGAGGACGGGGAUCCGUUUGGGAGUGAGCUGGUAGGCGGGCUGGACGAUGAUGAUGACGACGACUGA